AGAGCCAAGUGUUUUUCCCCCCACAGUGAUCAGAACUCAUUCUACCUCUGGAGCUCGCACAUACCCCUCCGUCCCCCCCCCAUCGUCUGUUUACUACAGCCUAUAUGUAGCUUUAAUUACACUGUUGUUUGGUAACAACUUGGACCCCGCUGCUCCCUCUCUCUCUCCCUCUCCUCCUUUUUCCCCCCUCUCCUCUCCUCCUGGCUCCGUAAAACACGCAGAGGAUCAUUCAUAAGGAAUGAGUGGUCCCUCUAUACGACUGUUUUGUGGACUACUUUACAUUCAGCAUACGGAGCUUUGUGCCGGAGCCGCUGCAGAAAUGUGGGGUAGCAAUGUGCGGCAGCUGUAGCCUCUGCUAUGGACAGCGGUGAGGGAGGCGGAGGGGAUGGAGGGGGAGGAGAGGAGAGAGAUGCUGACCUCAGUCCCCAGGCUUUAUCUCUUCCUCUCCUGACCCAAGCGGUCAUUCCGGAGCCGGGGUCAUCCUCUUAUACCUCAGCCAUGGCCCCUGCCAAAGAGCCCCUGACCCUGCCUCAGCAGGAGGAGGGCGCAGAGGGGUCCCAGGCUAGAGAAGAGACCCAGGGAGGUGAUCGGAAAGACGGAGGCCGACACACACAGGAGAAUAAAGCAUGUCAAAAGCAGGGGAUGAGGGAAGACUUCGGGGAGGGAGAUUUGUCAGGGCAAAAGAAGGAAGAAGGGGAGGUGCAUGUACGUGUGGGAGAGGUGUCAGUUACAGGGGGCCUCCCAGCAGCCCUUUGCAGCAGAGGCGGAGAAGAGGAGAAGGAAGAGGAGGAGGCCAUCUCAAACCAAAGCCAAACCAAAUCCAAAUGUUCUUUAUUACCUCAACAGAGCCAGCACAGCUCUUCUUCCAGCACUGCAAAGGCCAGUGGCACACUCGACAGCAAAAUAGCCGCCUCUCCAAAGCCCUCUCCCACAUCUUCCCCCUUUCCAAAGCCCUCCCCUUGUCUUGCCACCUCUCCAAAGCACUUCACUGGUCCAUCCUCCUCUUCUUCCCUGCUGAGCGAGACAGAGGUAAAAGACAUUAAGGGAGAUCAGGGCUGGAUAUCUGGGUUUCCUCAGAGCUUUAAAUCCCAGCAGUCUACUAUGGCUUUUCCACUGGCAGGUACGGAGCCUGCCAGCACACCUGCUGAGGAUGAUGGGUCGGCAGGGGUUUCUCACUCUUCCAUUACCAAUGGAGAUGGUGCCAAAGCUCCAGAACCAAAUGAAAACCAGCUAGACACAGAAGGGGACGACGAGAGAGACAAAGAAGGAGAACAGAAAGAAGCUGUUCUUAAAAACCUCAACCAAGACCUCUCUUCGAGUUCACUGACGAGUCACAUGACCAUAAUGCACUCACGCAACUCCUGCAAGACCCUGAAAUGCCCCAAAUGUAACUGGCACUACAAGUCCCAGCAUACACUGCAAGUCCACAUGAAAGAGAAACACCCAGAGACAGGGGGCCAAUGUGUGUGCGGUGCAUCCGGAGGAAAGUGUGUGUGUGGUGGUACAACACAAGGUGUGUGCAGUUAUUGCAAUUCGGGCAAACCCCAUCCUCGCUUGGCCCGUGGUGAAACCUAUGCCUGCGGCUACAAGCCGUACCGCUGUGAGGUCUGUGACUAUGCUACCUCAUCGAAAGGCAACCUCAGCAUACACAUGCAGUCUGAUAAACACCUUAAUAAUGUUCAAAAUGGAGGACACUCUAAUGGUCACGUGCACACUUCUCACAUUACCAACAACAGCAGCUCCUCCAAUGGUCACACAGUGGAUGAGCCGGCAUACAAGGUCCCACUCUCUAUUCCCACGCCUACAACCCAGCCCGCCAAGCUCACACCACCUGCACACUCUCACUCUCAUGGAAAACGGUGGCGGUGUGAUGUGUGCGACUAUGAGACCAGCAUUGCCCGAAACCUGCGCAUACACACCACCAGCGAGAAACACACACAUAACAUGCUACGGCUCCAGAGAGGCUACUAUCUAUCUCACUGCAGGAGCCUCACUCCACAGCUUAAACACCUACAAAACACAGGUGCCGAGCUCUCCUUGAACAUGCGACUCACCAGUCAGCAAGUCGCAGAAGCGCCAGUCACCCUUGGCUCUACACUGACUCCCUCUCCGUCCCCCUCUCCCUCACCCCCUCCAGCCCCAUCUCUGUCCCCCACUGGACCGCUCUCUCAAGGCAUGUUCCAAUGCCUUGUCUGCUCCUGCUUUUCAUCUGACAGCACAGAGAUUGUGGAGCAGCACCUGAAUGCCCCUCGCUCCUUACCCCAGUCUGAGUGGUGCUCCCUGGUUGCUGGUGGCUGCCACUGCAGAUUGUGCGGCUACACCACCCCACUGAGGGCUAACUUCUCCUUACACUGCCAGACUGACCGACACCGCUCCCGUUACCAGCUUACUGCUCACAUCCAGGAGGGAGGAGACAGGGGUCAGGAGGGAGUUGCCCUUAUUGCUAAGGGAAACCCCGUCCAGGUGAGGUGCAACCUGUGUGACUAUGUGACCAGCAGUUUUGAGAAGCUACGAGGACAUUCCCUGGGUUCACACCAUGAGGCCGGCGUCCGGGUUUACAGAUUCCUGCAGCAGUAUGAUGGUGAGGUUGAUGGAGGUUCGUGGCUGUUCCAUUGUCUCCUAUGCAACCACUCCUCCUCCUCUAAACUCCAAGUACUGAAACACAGUCAAACCCCAAUCCAUCAGCAGAGGGAAGAGCUUCUACAACUGCAGCCAAUGGGUGGAGAGGAGCUGGCAGCCAUUUUUACCAUCAGGAAGAGUCCUGAUGGCGUCACAGGAGAACUCAGUGAUGAUAUGGAUACUUCCAGCGAGACCAGUGGUAUUUUGGAAACAACCAAAGACACAUGUAACUUGGGGGUGAAGCAGAUUUCAGAGGAGACAGACGAAACCAGGGGGGAGGAAAGAGACAUGAAGGAGUCAUUGAGCUCUGUCAAGCGUCCGUCCUCUGGAUACGGGGAGAUGGAAAGCUCCAUUGAGACCAAACGCACGAGAAUACACCAGCAAAAUGAGAACCAGCAGACUGUCCAGUGCCCUCUGUGCCAGGUUCAACUCCCAUACACACACCUUCGUCCGCAUCUCACACAUCUGCACAGCGUGGCACAGGACUGUGUGGACAAGCUCAUCAGCACAGUCAAACCACCCGUGGAACAACUGCCUCAACUGCAGAUGGAACUACCAACAGACGCAUGCACAGAUGAGACUCCAGAAAAUAAAACCACCAAGAAGAACAAUGCAAAUUGGGUCAAUUCUGCUGAUUCAAUUGCCUCUGUUGAUUCACAGAAAAACCAAGGCAUUUCAGUGGCAAACACUGAGGGAGAUGUAGCCGCACCCAAAGAUGUCACAGCUCUACUUACCCCACCCCUUGAAGAAAUAACCACUCACCCUUCCAAUGGCAGACUGGCUCCUCAGUCCCCGACUCAGAUCCCCCCCUCCUCACCCAUCUCCCCACCUAGCGAUCCCCCUUCUCUCUCUGAUCGCCAUGGUUACCGGUUCCGUUGCAGCAGGUGCAGCCUGGCGUUCCCCACUCAGGAGAAGCUCCAAACGCACUGGCAGUACCAUGCCAUGAGGGCGGCGACAGAGUGCCCCCUCUGUUCUAGACAAUGCCGCAGUCAGGAGGCCUUGCAGAGACACAUUCAAAACACACAUUCACAGCUGGACAACACACAGGGGCAGAAUACAGUCUUACCACCUCAUACGACUCAAUACAUGGAACAUAAUACGAGUUCUGUUCAGCAAGAGUUUAGUUUAUCACCACAGGUGGGUCAAGAGGCAGGAGAAGGGGAGGAUGAAGACAUAGAGGAAGAAGAAGCAAUGGGCAUCGAGGGAAAAGAGGAACAAGAAGAAGAAGUUAAAAUUAAAGAGAAGGAUACAGUUGGUGAAGAUGAUAAAGUUGAGGAGGAUUUAACUGAGCCAGAGAAAGGGUCACAUGAGGAGAUGAUAUCAGAACAUGGUUCAAACUCUCUUGUCAGAAAGUGCUCUAACCCCACAUUGGACCGCUAUCUGGAUCCAUCCAGGCCCUAUAAAUGCACCAUCUGUUCAGAGUCAUUUACUCAGAAAACCAUUCUUCUGGUCCAUUUUAACUCUGUGUCCCAUCUUCACAGGGCCAGACGGGCCCUACAGGACUCUGGCACAGGUGUUGCGGCCCCUGAGGCUCCCCGCGGCCCAGACUCUCGACCUUAUCGCUGCAGACUUUGUGGAGUAGGCUACAGCCAGAGCUCUACGCUGGACAUACAUCUUCGCUCUGUCCUUCAUCAGACUAGAGCUCGUGCUGCCAAGAACACAGCUCCACAGACCCCAGCAUCUAAUGUAGCUGUUCCAUUUACAGUCACCACCACUGCUACUCAGCCUGGUGCCACCAGAGAGGAAAUAUCCAAAAGUUUGCCUUUCCCCAAGAGGCUAGAUGGAAGAAGAUCGUCAGCCUUUUCACUAUUAGAUCCUGGACUAGCAACAGAGGUCAAGCCAACCCAUAACCAAAAUGGCCAGCAAGCUAAAAAGAAAGUGGCAGAGCUUAUAGCAUCUCGAAAUCAGCUAAUGCUAAUACAGCAGCAGCAGUUAGCUCAGGCUCAGGCACAGGCCCAAGCUCAGUUACAACAACACACAGCUAUGCUCCAGUCCCAGGCAUUGCAGCACCUCCCCUUAGGGAUAGAGAAUCUCCUUAAACAACACUUCCCCCUGACUCCAGACAACUUUCUGUCUCUGCAGCAACAACUUCUCCUGCCAUUUUACUUAUCAGGAGACAUGAAACUAGACAUGAGCCUAGACCUUGGUCAGUUGCUAUUGGCCAACACUAUCCAAAAAGAUCAAGUUAAGGUAGAAGCUAAAACUGAGUCCCCACCUGAAACUGAUGAGAAACAAAACCAUAAACAAAGCUCCAACCCAGCUGUAGGCCAAUUUAAGGAUCAUGUGCAGUUUCAGACCAAGAUCGAAGCAGUCCGCAGAGGAUCCUCCAUCAACCACACUGAAAGAGAACACAGCAAUGCUUGUCUUGAGGAAGAAAAAGAAGAAAUGCAUGUUACUACGGUUAAAAAUGAGAGUCAAAAGGAGGAAACCCAUUCUCCCUCAUUUAAUCUACUUAAAUUGCAGUGUCCGCCUCCCAGAGUGCCCUAUGCUGCUGCGAAUGGGGAGCCUCUUAGAGCCCUACUACAGAGUUAUGGCUAUGAAUUGGCAAUGCAAUAUACACAAAGUAGACACAGACACCAGCAGCAGAUUGCAACUCAAAUGAUACCGUAUGAACAACAGUGCUCUGAUAUCAAUAAGAUGGUCGUGUGCUUAGAGGUUGAAAGAGAUAAGUUAAAUGAAACGGAAGAUGGACAGGUAGUAGUUUGCAAUAAGGAUAGCAAAGUAGUACAUGGCAAUGGAGACAGAGAUAGCAGCUUAUGGACCGAGAAAAAUCUAAACAAAGGUGAAAAUGCAGCAAAUGAAGAAAAAAGAUGUUGUGGAGCAGGAGAAAAGUGCAAAGACUGUGGCAAGUUAUUUUCAGAUGCCUUGAUUUUAAAAACCCACCAGGAAUACAUUCAUAGCAUGAUGUUUCCCACUGCUGUACUGGAGAGUUUUUCCAGAAAAUACAGGCUGCAAUAUGACCAGAUGUACCCCCUCACACAGCCUAAAUCUAAGGAGAAUUCAACUACAUGCCCCAACGCUGCAGUCCCAACCACAUCAACAUCUUCGGAAUCAGAAACACCACAAGACCAAAUUAAAUCUGAAAUGAAAACCAUUUCACCCUCACCUGUAUCCUCAGUUUCAGAUAUUGUUACUAAAACAUCUGCUACAACUACAGACCCACCACCAACUGCCCCAUCAGUUUCUUCUCCUCCAUCACCACUGCAACCUCAAGAAUGUCCACAACCUGAGAUUCCCAUCCCAGGUACAUCUGCUUCAGCUACUUCUCAAACCACGUCCCCAGCUAAAUCCAUACCUACAAUACCUAGGCUCUCUCUGCCCUUGCCCCAGCUUCCUAUACCCCAACUGCCAUUACCUAAGCUUUCCCUACCACCCAUUCCUUUCCCCAUGGAACUACCUCUCCUCUCUCCAGCUAUGAUGCAGUCGGUGGCUCUCCAGACCCAACCUUGGUUAGACUUGAGUGUGAACCCUGAGUUGGCAAAACUCUACCAAUCUCAACUCAAUCUAGGGCCACAGCUUAGUCCAGCGUUGCUAAGUCAGACUCCACAACUGAACCCUACAUUGCUGGGUCAACCAUCCCAACUCAGUCCCAUCCAAACAGGACAGCAACCUCAAGUCAGCCCAUCAAUGCUUGAACAGCAGCAGGGUAAGAGAACCCGAACACGAAUCUCAGAGGAGCAACUGACUGUUCUGAGGAGACACUUUGAUAUUUACAGCCUCCCCAGUGAUGACGAGAUCAACAAAAUGUCUUCUCUGUCUGGACUGCCUCACAAAGUCAUUAAACACUGGUUCCGCAACACCCUAUUUAAAGAGCGCCAGCGAGACAAGGAUUCUCCUUAUAAUUUUAAUAACCCUCCAACCACAUCCCUGGAGGAGGGCAAAGAGGAAGUAGCACAAAACCAAACUCUGACACUUGAACCAUGUUCACUAUCCCCAGCCCCCCCAGCCAUCUCUCCACAGCCCCAGAUAACAGAUAUCCAGAGAGGCGAGCCCCAUAGGGGUCGGCGCUCUUCCCGAACCCGCUUCACGGAGCAACAGCUGGAGACCCUACAGGGGGUGUUUGAGGCCACUCCCUACCCCAGAGAAGAAGAAUAUGACAGAAUGUCUGCUCUGUUGUCUCUCCCUAACAGAGUCAUUGUUGUAUGGUUUCAAAAUGCAAGACAGAGAGCCCGCAAAAACCAAGAUGGGGGACGGGGGACUGAUGAUGGAUUAGAGGGAAAGAACCAGCCUGACAGCAUUCACAGACAGAGAAAUGGCUGCUUCAAGAAUAAUGAAGAUAAUGAGGAUAACAGCUGUGGCGAUGAAGGACAAGGUGACUGUGAAAACUCCAUGGAUCUGACUUAUGAGUACUACACCCAACCUGACUCACCUGUCCUUGAUUCUUACACUCAAGACACAGAAAGUGAACAGCAAACAUUUAAUGGAGAACCAACACUUGUAAUGAGGAAACAAGAGGAUAAAACCACCUCUUCUUAUGCUGAUAAGUGCCCAGCUCUGGUUCAAACUCAAAAUGGAAUUUCAGAUGCUGACUUUCAUCAGAAGGAAAAGGUUACAGUCAAGAAAACGGGCUCCUCUUCAAAACUCGAAACUAAGAUUCAGCCAGAAAGUACUCCAGAAAGAUCUCAGCCUUGUUCUUCCUCCUCUUCACAAAAGACCGUACCCACCAUUCCGUCUAUAUCUCAUUGCAGCCAGGCGCAUACCCAAAGUUCUCCUUCAGAUCAAGCUUGUGAAAAGCCUGCCGAUCCAUCACCCAACCUCCCUUCUGCUUCAGAGUCUGAAAAAAGCCACACUGGGCUGCCUGAUUCCACAUCAAGCUUACUCAGUGAAGCCCAGUCACAGAAUCAGCUGCUUCUCCAGACCCAGGCUCAAUUCCCAUGCAGUGUCUGUCCAAUGUCCUUGCCAACAUUCCAGCUGUGGCAGGAGCAUCAGACCAGGCACCUCCUGGCAGCUCAGUCCCAGGUCCAACUCAUGCAUUCUGGCUUCACAGACCGAACCAUGCCUUACAUGAUGCUUCACCCCAACCACACCCUGAUGGCCAGCCAAAUGCUUUCAGGUGCUUUGUCCCAGAUUCAUUCUAAUCCUACACAUUCAAUGAUGUCACAUUUAAACAGUAUACAAAUUCAAAACACAAUCUCUGAUCAUUCAAGUAACACCCUCGCGGGUCUAUCUCAAGGUUCCCUGACACCUAUGAAGCAGAAUACAAAGCUUAUAUCAGAAACCAGUUUUGAAAGCCAGAGGAGCAAUAGAGAAGUUGAGGAAGAACACAGAAGGGAUAAGCGUCAGAGAACCACCAUCACCCCAGAACAGCUUGAAGUGUUGUAUCAGCGUUACAGCUUGGACUCUAAUCCCACCAGAGGAGUACUCGAAAGCAUUGCACGAGAUGUGGGCCUAACAAGACGUGUUGUUCAGGUCUGGUUUCAGAAUACACGAGCCAGAGAGAGAAAAGGACAGUUCAGGUCGAUGGGGCCAGGAUCCAGUUUCAGCUUGGGUUUGAACCACCUUCGCUGCCCAUUUUGCAGGGCUCUGUUCAAGGUCAAGAGUGCUCUGGAUGCCCAUAUGAGGUCCCGUCACUGGGCAGAGGCUGAAAGAGCAGGUUACAACUUAUCAAUGAGUAAUGUAUCCAGUGGGCAGAUUGGGAUGACCGUGUUGUCUGUUAUGGAUAGACCGGGCCCAUCUAUCACCUCCAACCCUACCCAAAACCAUGCUUAUGUAAUAAGCAACAAAGAGUUAACUGGGAGUCCACCUGUCACCUCUUUGUCUUUAACCACUGAUCUGAACAACCAAGAGGAGGAUGAUGACUAUGAGGAUGAUGAAGAGUAUCCAUGUGAUGAUGGUUCCAGUAUGGCUGACCAAGAGUCUCCUAGUCCUGAGGGAUCUGGGGGUCCAAGCUCUGAUUGGGGUGAGACACAAACUCUGCAGCAACACCACCACCAUCAGCAACAGCGCCAAAGGACACAGAUGAGUCACUUCCAGGUACUGCAGCUCCGAGACUUCUACAGGAGUCACCGUACACCCAACCGACAUGAGUGCGAGGCACUGGGCCAGGAGCUGGGGCUACCUCAUCGUGUUGUGCAGGUGUGGUUCCAGAACGCCAGAGCCAAGGAGAAAAGGGCCCGGAGCCUAAGCUCUGACUCUGCAGAGAGGGAGCAGGCUGAGCUGUCUGCAGGAGCAGGGGAGAGGGACAGAGCUUAAAGAGGAGGACCAAGCUCCCUUUGCUUCCUUCUACAAUGUUUUCCCCCAAACCACUCCUGCAACAGCUGUCGACCUUCAAACAUAUACCAUGUCCACUUUGCUGCCAAACCAGUAACCUGAACACCCCAAAGAUGCAGAGCCACAGAGGCCCAAAGAGAAACUCUCAACUGAAAAUAGGAGAGAUCCCAAACAAAGUCCUCUCUAACACAGCUUUCCUCUUUUCAUAUUGUUCUUAGACUCUUCCCUGGUCUGUCCUUUCUUGUUGAAAAGAGCUCCUCUCCCUUUUCUGUCAGACACCUUACUACAACCAAACACCACCUUGUUAAAAAACCAACCAGAUGCCACAGAGGCCAAAGAGCAUUCUCCAAGUAUGUGACCUCACUGCCCAGCUAGACCUGCAGUCUACCUCUCAGUCUGCAUGACAGACUCACUGUGGGUCCUCCACCAGACUGUGCUAGAUGACUAGCUGUGUAGCAUGUAGUGCCAGUCUGUACUAGACUGGAAAAGAAAUUGUCAAAGAGAUUUUAGUGUAAAUAGAGAACUCCAAAAGAUACACUUGAAGAAAAACAAAGCGGUUAACAGUGGAAGAAGAAAAAGGAGGAGAAAAAAAAGGAAGGAUAUCUUUGAAAUAGACGGAGGUAUUCGCAUAGAGCUUUUGUAAAGACUGACUCAGAUUCCAAAGCUCGUAACCAAAAUUUUACAUGUCUGUGGAUUUAGUUUCAACAUGUUUGUUUUCAAUAACAAACAGCAGAGCUUACGUCUGUACAGUGAAUGGGUGAGAUCUGCAUCUGGCACUGGUGAGAGCAGUACUAAUAGACUGAUACCUUGCUAGGAAGCAGCCUCACCCUCCACAAGCCAAUGAUGAGUAUUCUGUUGUACAUGUACACCUUCUAUGUUCCUUUAGUGGAUAACAGCCCAAAUAGCACAGAACGUAAAGGCCAGUUUGUCCUGAAAGGGGCAAACUAUUUUUAUAGCACUCAACCAUUAUGCUGUAUAUGAAAACUUUAACCAAACUCAAAUUUACAUUGUGUGUGUUUAGUAAUAGUUUCUUAAUAUAAAUCGUAUGGAUUGAGAUAAACUGUCUUGCUCCAAUAUAAUAGUGUCAUGAUUAUGAAAAGAUUAUGACAGCUUUGAUAUGUUCAGGCAAGGUGUCUUAUGGCCUUUCCGUUCUAUUUGAUUAUACCAAUGGCUUACCAAUGUUAUGUGAUUUAAUGUAAAGCUUUCUAUGCUCAGGUCAACAGCUCAACAUGGCUCCACUUCAAAUAAGAUCUUAAUACUGUAUUUUUCUGUUUCUAAAACAGAAGAAGCAUGGUUUAACCUUGGACUAAGUAUUAAAGGAUAACUCCAAAAACAUCUCUGAAUUUCAAAGAUCUGAGCUUUUCACCUUUGAGUAUUAGAUUGUUACAAAAACCUUAUUAAAACUAAAGUGUUUAAUAGUGUGAGGGGUAAAUGUACAGUAUUUAGCUUUUGUAUGGUUGACUCAAGACUUCAUUGGAUGUUUGAGACAUAGUUCCCUUCUCCACUUGCUGAUAGGAAGCUACUGCGCAAAGACGAGAAAAAAACUUUGGAUGUUAUUGAUGUUAUUUUUGUACACUUAAUUUAUUUUCCCUCUUUCUCCCUCCCUUACAUGCUUUCCUCUUUUUCUCUCUACCUUCCUUCCUCUGUUCAUUUGCAACCAGUCCUUAUUCUAACUGUAAUAAUGAUAAUAUAACAAUAAUAGCUAAACAAUAAUUAAUGCUUUAAGACAAAAAUCCAAAGACGUGAUAAUACUUUAACCAUAUGACCUACAAAAAUAAGCGCUACUGUUUACUUGACGAUGUAUUGCUGUUUUUAAAGAAGGAAGGAGUCCCUAUAUCUAAGCUACUGUUUUCUGCCUCUCAUAAGCACACUGGAGACUGUAACCAAAACCCCAAACUAGAGCCAUGGCAGUCUGUAAUAUAGCGGUUAAAGAGUUUUACUUCUCUUGAGAAACGUUGCAGUUUAUUUUUCUUUCUUUUUUUACCAUAGUGUUGAACUUCAGCCCUUAAGGAUGUCCAGUUUGCUGCUAAUGUACUGUAGUUUUUAACAAUACUGUAGAAGAUGCAUGCUCUGAACGCUUUACCACUAGGCUUUAAUGACUACAAACUGUAAUGAUACCUGUGAUGCUGUUGAUAAACUGCUCCUCUGUUGAAAAAUAAAUGGAAAUGUGGGGCUCAAUUCCAUCAAGUUUGUUUUCAGUAUCCUGUUGACUACCCAUACCCAGAAGAUAAAAUGGCUUCGGUAAAUCCAGGAUAUUUUUUUUCUUCACUUUACAGUUCCAGAGAAAUCUGCUUGGGGCAUUGAUUCCUCAAUACAAAUGGAGAUACUGCAGAGCUAUUUGAAGGAGUUCAGCCCCAAACCUUCCACUAAUAUGGUGUCAGUCAUUCUGUGUUGCAAUGUCUCUUGUCCAUUUGUCCAGCUAAAAAGGCUUUGCUGAACUCAGACUGACAUCACAGCCAACCUUCCAAAGGAUGUGGGCUGGCUGAAAAUGCUGUCAUGCUUUGUUCUUAAACUAACCAAUGUUUACGACAAUACCAAUGAGCUUUCUUCUGUACAGAAAUGUGCAUUCCAAAUAACACAAAGGCAGUUUCUUUUGUAUACUGAUUAUUUUGAACUUCAUUUCUCUCAUAUUCUCUUGAUCUUAGUGACUGUAAGAUGUACAUAUUGGGGUACUCUAUGGUGAAGGGACUCUGUUUUCCUUACUGUAGGUUUUCAUUUUUUCUGGAUAUGUUGUUGCCAUAGUGAUGACCAAAAAGAUACCUGUGAUGUGCACCUGUCCUUAUGUCCUGCUCCAGUGGUUUAGUGUGUCUCUAUUCUCUCCUUCCCCCAGCUCUCCCUUACUGGUGUGUGUUCCUCUUCCUUUCCCAAACUCCACUGAGCUAAAUAAAGUCUGCUUUGGUGCA